GCCGCCCACAGUGAAUCACAUAAAUUUUGCUAGGAGUACUCUAGAAUUGUCUCCUAACGAAAAAAGGAGGAUAAAAAGACCAUUUUCUGAAGGAAACCUUCAUUCUCAUCGUGAGGAUUCUACCGUAUUCACAGUUGAUUAAGAAACCUCUGGUUUGCUUACCAUAAUUUUCUGAGGAUACCAAUCAUACCAAAUAUGAAAGGAAAGUGUUUGUUUACCCUCGCUUGGGUGGCUUUAGUCUCAAUAGCCCUGUCAGUGAUGGUGGAUGUCGAAGGAAAACACCAGGAAAGGAUGAACAUUAACGAAGGAAAGGUGCAAAGGGCUGAGGAAACUAAACGAAGUAAAACUGAACACAGCUUGUUUCCACGCGUCUGUGGAUACCACUCGUGGGUUGUGUGUGGCAGAAGAAGACGAUCGAGUUCAGGCAAGGUAAAUUUUAACGCAACACUAGUGUAGUCUGGGAAAACUAUCACACGGAUUAAACUGUUUAUCAAAACCGAAACUGCUAUCUGGCAUCGCCUUUUGUGGCUGUCGGGUUGGGUGUUUUAUUUAUCGUAUUUUUCAUGGCGCAACUUUAUGUCCACUGUGAAAAUGUUCUGUUUUUUGUUCUUUUCAGCGCUUUUUUAGAGCAAACUUCUCGUAAGCGCGUUUGUCUCCAACAUUUUAAUAUUCGUUAGUGAUUGAGAACUAUAAUUAUUAUUGGUGUUACUAUUAUCAUUUUUACCAUUGUCAUAAUUUCCAUUAUCGUUAAAAUCAAUGCUAUAGCUGUUUAUAUUACUGUUAUAAUUAUUAUUAUUAUUAUUAUUAUUAUUGUUAUUAGUUUCAUUAUUAUUGCUAUCACUAAUAUCAAAAGUUUUACUACUGUGGUGGUAUUUUUAGCCUUCAUAUCCUUCCAAUGAACUUCAAUUUCAAUUCCAUUCAUCCAUGCUUAUUUGACGGGUGUCUGUUACAAUUUUUCGUUAUUACCAAAUUUUACGUCAUGCAGUAUGAAGUUGAAAAUGGUUGACUUAAUUUUCUCCGUUAGUUAAAGGUUUUGCCUAAUUCAUUAUUAAUUAGCAGACUUUUGUUUCUUCUGCAGAAACGGGGUAAAGAAGCAAGCUUUAACUUGCAAGAUGUAUUCGAGGAUUUUUGACAACUUUGACAAAAUCUGGACGAUGGAUCAAUCGGAGAAAGAUUAGGGUCGAGUUAUCAGAACAGACGAAAUUCGUUUCAAAACAAAAUUAAAAGUUAAAGUAACGCCUG